AUUCGAAAUAAAACUCGUGAAACACUCAACCAGCUGUAGUGAGACAAACGUAACUGUUCUAGACCACGAAGAGCUAGAAAAUUAACGACAAAUCUUUGAUUUUCUAAUUUUAUUGGCGAAUUUCGUGGCGAGAUAUUUCUACACACACACACACAUAUAUAUAUAUAAAAAUACAUAAGUAAUAUAUAAAUUUUUAGCAAUAAACAUUUCAACUGCACGCCAAACAAAUCAUCUAGACCGUGCUGUAGCGAGCGCCGAGUACUUAGCGUACGUCCGCUAUCAAUUGAAAGCCACAACGGUCGGUCAUUUACAUGCGAUACUUCAUGGAACAAUUGCAGAGGUUUCGAAGUGCAAGCGGCUGAUAAAAAGCGCAUACCAAAACGAGCGGAAAGUUAGCUGAAUUUAAGAAAUAUAAAGAGACACACAUACAUAUACGCGUAUAUAUGUCUGCUGUCACGCUUUCUUGCGCUGAGAAUAUAUACAAUAUAUGAAAAUAAUAUAAGCAAUAACAAAACCAACAAACGAGUGGCAAGAAAAAAAUUCAAUCAACUGCGCCCAACCGUUUAGCCGGCAAGCGCCAAAUCAGUAAAUCAGGCUAAUCUGCGGGUCGCCACGUUUAGUGGUCUAUUAGCGCAUCGAAGUUCUGGUGUACGAAACGAGUGGUAUAAAAUCGCUGCGCUUGUCCGUUCGGCUUUCACAAAAGCAAUAAAAGAACUUCGCGCAACAGUAGCCACAAGUGAGCCAAAGGAAAAGUAGUAGCAGCCAAGUUAUAUAAGCGAAAAAAAAAAAAAUUCAAUAAAAUUUUGCAAGUAUUUUGAGUGGUGUUAAGUGAAAUUGCAGUGAUUUGCUAAAUUAAUGGAAAUCCCUUUUACUCGGCCAUACAAAUUGAUUUUGGCACAAAUAAAAUAUCUGAAAUUGCCCGCAACGCGCGCUCAACAUAGCGAGUGAUGAAACUAUAAAAACAAAAGUCGAAAAUAAUAUAGCAAAGAGUAAUAAAAGACUAAAAGUCGAAUUUUCGCUAAAUUACAACAAAUUUGUUACAAGUGUGGACAGCACGUGGAAAUCGUGAAAACUUUCAAAAAUCGCGGAAAUUGUUCCUACCUAACCUCAAGCAAAAGCAGUAUUUUAGUUUUGAUACGAUAAAAUAAAAUAAAAAUAAAAUAAAAUAUUAAUAAAAAUAAAUAAAUAAAGAAAUAAAUUAAUGAAAUAAAUUUAAAACUACAAAUUUCAAUAAAAAAAGUAACAGUUUCCGUUGACGCAAAAGGAAAAGCUCACAUACCAAACAUGAGGGCGCAUAUUGUCUUGGGUUUGCUGUGCUUGCUCUGCCUGACCGUGUGCAGUUAUGGACGUGCACGUGACAUUUGUCUGGUACAGCCCUCCAUAAAUAGUCUGUGCAUCUCAAACACUUUGGGCAUUGUCUACGAUUUGGAUACGCAACAUUGCAAAUAUAUGGGCUGCAGCACCGAUAAGAAAUUAUUUGCAUCACUUGAGGACUGCGAAAAAAUUUGCAACAAUUCCAGACAUCGUCGGCUGCGUAGCAAAUACAACAAUAAGACGAACAAUGUUAAUAGGGAAGAAUUAUCGAAAUGAAGCAGCAAAACAAAAACAAAAAGCAAUGUAUCUCGUGUUUUGCGAUUUUGCUAAAUUCUUAUUAGUUUAUUUAUAAUAACGAUUAAUAUAUGUUUAUAUACUAUAGUUGCUAGAUUGUAAGCGUAAUUUAAUUUUGAAAAAUAAAUUUUGUAACAAAAUGUGAAUUUAUAUUGGAAA